UACGUCUGCUGAGACAUGUGGUGAACGAGAAGAUCCAAUUUGAGUUUUAUCGUUAAUUCCUAAAUUAGUUACCUUCAAUUCCUGGAAGGACCUGAAGAAGAUGAUAUAAAGUGUUUGGUAAAAUAAAGUUUCAGACUUACUGUCUUCGCUCUUCUGGCGGGUGAAACUCUAAUUGCCGUCUGACUAAAAUUAGGUUAGAAUUGUAUGCAAUGAUUACUCCACGGUUUAAAGUAGAUCAAACAGAUGCUGAUCUGAUCUUCACCAUUCAUGCACCAUAUGCAAGCAUCGCUGAUGCAGAGAUCUAUGCAGAUCUGGAUAUCUUCUGCUUCUAUGCCUCACCUUAUUACUUAAGGAUUCAUCUUUCAGGCCACAUUGAAGAAACUGAUGCUUCAAAGGGUAGCUAUGAUGCGGACUCUGGAACAUUUGUCUUGUCUGUUCAGAAAGUGACGAAGGGGGAGUUCUUUGAAAACUUAGAUUUUAUAACAGCCCUGCUCACUCCAAGCCAAAGUCAGAAACGUGACAUUGCCAAACCUGUUGUUGAAGUAAUUGAUUGUAACAAUGAAAAUGAUGAAAACAAUGGUGAAGAUAGUGAUGAGGAUGGAAGUGAAUGGUACAUUGACCAGUGCCCGUAUGAUGAACCAUCAGAAGACUUUCUUUUAUCGGCUCCACAUUACGGGUUUGCUAACAAACUGUCAGGAGCAUUCCAGAACUUCAAGACUGAGUUUUUGGAGGUAGUUGAUUUACCAGACCCUGACUCAACACCAAUCUCAGAGAGAUCCAAGUUACGAUUAGCACAAGAAGCAGAGGAUUUUAGUGAUGAUCAUUACUUGGCUGAUUGGGCACAACCAGAGUACAUUGAGUCAUUGCUAACCUUCGAAUGUUGGUGGGAAAAGAGCUCACAAGUUGAGUACCUGGAUGAAGAAGUUGAUAUUUUAAAAGAUCUUCCAAAGAAGGAGUUCUUACUGGACAAAAGAGAGGAGUUUCUAGUUUCAUUUUCACUAAUUGACAUAUUGUUCGGAUAUGCCUACAAUAUACGCAGUACAAUGGGAGAAAAUACUGUGGAAUCUGCCUGGACAGUGAACAAAUUAAGUGGAACUUUAAGUUGGUUUGAGAACUUAACUACCUUAAGAGACGCAGCUGUAGUUCCUGUUCGUCGAAGUUUGUGUUACCCUUUAUUUCGACAUUGGGAACUUGCAAUGAAAGUCCUUGGUGAUGUAAAUUGUAUUCUGAAAUUAGGAAAAAAGCACAUUCUUAAGUGCUUGUUAGAAAUCUAUGUCAUGUUUAACAAUAGUGAACCUCGUUACCUCUUAAAUCAACUCUAUAUUAGAGACUAUAUUAUAUGGAUUCAAAAAGCUUUUGAAUCACAGAUCAAGUCUCUUUCCGCUGCACUUGACAAGAUUGUACUGUGUAAGGCUGAUGUUAGCUUAGACUUGAACGAAUUAGAAAUGGCAGCAGACCUUGUUCAAAAAGAAGAAGAAGAAGCAGCAGCUGCUGCCAAACAAAUAUCCCAAGUCACUCUUUGCGAGGAUAUUGCAACCCUUUCUCUCUCUGUAAAAAGAGAUUGUGAGAGAAAUUCGUCUGACUCAUCAGAUAGUGAGGAUGAUUCAACUUCAUCAGAGGACUCUUCAUCUUCAUCAUCUGGUUUGGAUUCAGAUGAUCUCUCUGAUAAGGAAGAGGAAAACAAAUGAAAAGACCCAUGACUUUCCUCAAUUAUGAAAAGGUAUUUAAUUUUAGAAUUUUCCCAGAUUUUAUUAUACAUUACUUAUUGUUUGUUAAAUGUCACUUACUGAACUAUUUUUAUACUUCAAGUGUUUAUUCUACUAUUAUUUGUUCAUAGUAAUUACUAUUAACUUUUGGAUCAUACUGUAAAAAAAUGAACAAUCAAAUAUGAAAUAAUAUUGGAAGAUCA